AUGAAGGUCUCUGCUCUAAUCCUUACAACUCCAAAGCCCCUCCCCAAUAUUCAAAGCCUUCAUCCUACAACCUCCUUCUCCUCCUGCAAUUCCAAACCCACUUGUUCUUGUUCAUCUUCUUCACCGUCCACAGCUGAAAACAAUGCAAAGGUGUCUUGCGCUUCAAAAUUUGUGACCAAGAAGAGUGUUUUGGAUGUGGGUUUUGGGCUUUUAGCAGCUUCACUUGUGGCAUUGUCACCUUUGGAAGCUAAUGCCACAAGAAUUGAAUACUACGCCACUGUGGGGGAGCCUUUGUGUGAAUUGAACUUUGUUCGUUCUGGGCUUGGCUUCUGUGAUGUUUCAGUGGGUUCUGGUGUGGACGCUCCUCGUGGUGAGCUCAUUAAUGUUCACUACACUGCAAGAUUUGCUGAUGGGACAGUCUUUGACAGCAGCUACAAACGUGGCAGACCUCUGACUAUGCGUAUUGGUGUUGGCAAGGUCAUUAGAGGAUUGGAUCAAGGAAUUUAUGGGGGUGAUGGUGUGCCUCCAAUGCAAGUAGGGGGAAAACGUAAGCUCCACAUUCCUUCACAUUUAGCAUAUGGACCAGAACCUGCAGGAUGCUUCUCAGGUGACUGCAAUAUACCCGGCAAUGCUACUCUUGUCUACGAUAUUAAUUUCGUAGGUAUCUACUCGGGAAAUAGGCCAUUGCCAGCAAAUAGAUAG